CUCCAACCCACUGACACUCGCGAAUUUCCGCUACACCACCCAUCACUAGACCACUCCGGGGUCUCGAGCUCUUCACAACACCCCACCACAAUCUUAAACACACCACCCUGUGAGCAAGUCGGAGCUCAGUCUGCUGCCUAGAGGUUGUUGCCGUUGAUGACCUCAGGCAGCUCGUGCUCUGGGGAUCGCCAUGUCGACGUCUCCGGAUCCCGGUCCGAUAAACGGACACGCCUCACAUUCCGCCGACGAGCAUACAACACGCAUAGUCGAUGGUAACGAAAGCGACACCGACCUGUCUGACGCCCGCCCGGCGGACCUUGGUCCCGCAUCCCCCGACUCAGCUGAUGCUGUCGGUUCGCCGGAUGGGGGUCCCGACGUUGUCCAGGAGGCGCACGAGGAGCCGUCCGGCUCGAGUGACAAUGAUGCUGCGGAUGAUGGAGACUCUAACGGUGCACCGAGCCCGGCGGCGCAGAGCAUUGAUGUUUCUGACCGCCCCGAGUCCUCCUCCGUCCGGGUUGUGUCCAAACGCAAGGCUGCGCAAGCUAUAGAAGACGAAUACAUCAGGGAAAACCCUGAGCUGUAUGGCUUGAGACGUAGCUCGCGUCCUACACAACGACGCAAAAUUGUUGAGUCGGAAGACGAGGAUGAGCCCUCCGAUUCUGACGCCACGCCGGCCCCCCGGAAAACUGUAAAACGCCGUCGCCUGGAGCGUUCUUUGCCAGCUUCCAAACGCGGCACACCGGCCCCUCGCCAAACCUCUGCCGACGAUUCUGAUUCGGAUACAUACGGCGGUGCGAAAGCCCGUAGCUUCCGAAAAAAGGCUCGACGGCAACAAGAGCUACAGCCGGCCUUGGCCCUCGCUGAGAAGCGUUGGUCUAGCCGCCGGGCCGCUCAAGUCUCCGUCGGCGCGUACCAGGAAAGCGAAGUUGACGACGACGAAGGCGAUGACGAUGUCACGCCCAGCUACUGGGCAGCUGACGUGGAGGACAAUUCGCCAUAUAUCGAAAAGAUUCUCCGCCACCGUCCCAAGGAAGGCGUCGAGCUCACGCCCGAUGUUACGCGGCACGAUUUCGAAUACUACAUCAAGUGGCAGGGCAAGUCCCACCUGCACAACACAUGGGAGACGACUGAGACCGUUGCCGGAUUCCGCGGUUUCCGUCGGUUAGAAAACUACUAUAAAAAGACGGUCGAGUACGAGCUUGAUCUGAAGUUCGGCGGUGACGAGAUUAGCCCCGAACAGCGGGAACAAUGGUUGUUGGACCGCGAGCGCGAAGAAGAAGCCCUGGAAGAUUACACCAAGGUCGAGCGCAUCGUUGCUGUCCGUGACGGUGAAGAAGGCCAGGAGUACUUUGUCAAGUGGAAAGGGCUUCAGUAUGACGACUGCACCUGGGAGGAUGCUUCGCUGAUCCGCAGUCACGCCCAGGAUAAGAUUGACCAGUUCUUGGAUCGUUCGUCACGCUCUUGGCAGUCAGAUCGGAAGCAGACGAAUCUCGAGACCCGUUCCAGGAUGACCAAGCUGGAGAAGCAGCCACCCUACAUCAAAGGAGGAGAACUCCGCGAGUUCCAAAUGAGGGGCCUCAAUUUCCUGGCGCUCAAUUGGACCCGCGGUAACAACGUCAUCCUGGCCGACGAGAUGGGUCUCGGCAAGACAGUCCAGACCGUCUCCUUCCUGAGCUGGCUCCGGAACGACCGUGGCCAGGAAGGACCCUUCCUUGUUGUCGCGCCUCUCAGUGUCAUUCCGGCAUGGUGUGACACGUUCAAUCACUGGGCUCCGGACCUCAACUAUGUUGUCUACCUUGGACCCGAGGCGGCCCGCUCCAAUAUUCGCCAGUACGAGCUCUUCAUCGAUGGAAAUCCCAAGAAGACCAAGUUCAAUGUCCUGCUUACGUCUUACGACUACAUCCUGGCCGAUGUGGAUCAUCUCAAGGGCAUCAAAUGGCAAGUCCUCGCCGUCGACGAGGCCCAUCGCUUGAAGAACCGCGAAUCCCAGCUCUACGUCAAGCUCAACAGCUUCGGCGUCCCGUGCAAAGUGCUCAUCACCGGCACGCCGAUCCAAAACAAUCUUGCCGAGCUGUCUGCCCUGCUGGAUUUCCUCAAUCCGGGCAAGGUCCUGAUCGAUGAGGAACUCGAGCUGCUGUCCACUGCGGAUAACAAGGAGGUCACCGAUGAGCAGCAGGAUGAGGCUAAGCGGCUGAAGACGCAGGAGAAGCUUCGAGAGCUGCACAACUCCAUCGCCCCCUUCAUCUUGCGCCGGACCAAGGAGACAGUUGAGUCAGACCUGCCUCCCAAGACGGAGAAGAUCAUCCGUGUCGAGCUCUCCGAUGUGCAACUCGAGUACUACAAGAACAUUUUGACUCGGAACUACGCUGCCCUCAGCGACGCGAGCAACGGUCACAAACAGUCGUUGCUCAACAUCAUGAUGGAGUUGAAGAAGGUCAGCAACCACCCGUACAUGUUCCAAGGUGCCGAAGAGCGGGUCCUCGGAGGGAGCACCCGGCGCGAAGACCAGAUCAAGGGCCUCAUCACCAGCAGCGGCAAGAUGAUGCUUCUCGACCAACUUCUCGCCAAGCUGAAGAAGGAUGGUCACCGCGUCCUGAUUUUCAGCCAGAUGGUCAAGAUGCUCGACAUUUUGGGCGACUACCUUCGAGUCCGCGGCUACCAGUUCCAGCGUCUCGACGGAACGAUCCCUGCAGGUCCUCGCCGCAUGGCCAUAAAUCACUUCAACGCGGAAGACAGCGACGACUUCUGCUUCCUGUUGUCGACAAGAGCUGGUGGGCUGGGCAUCAACCUCAUGACUGCCGACACCGUCAUCAUUUACGACUCAGACUGGAAUCCUCAGGCAGAUUUGCAAGCCAUGGCGCGGGCUCACCGCAUUGGCCAGAAGAAGCCCGUCAAUGUCUAUCGUCUGGUGGCGAAACAGACCAUCGAGGAAGAGGUUGUCACGCGUGCCCGCAACAAACUUUUCCUCGAGUAUCUCACGAUCCAGGCCGGUGUCACGGAUGAUGGCAAGGCCCUCCGUGAGCAGUUCAAGGAGCGUGGCCUGAAGAUCGACGAGGCCAAGACGGCGGAGGAUAUCUCGAUGAUUCUCAAGAUGCGUUCACAGAAUCUGUUCGAGCAGUCUGGCAACCAGCAAAAGCUCGAGCAGCUCGAUAUCGACGCGAUUCUCGAAAAUGCCGAGGUCACAAAGACAGAUAUUGAUGACAAGAUUAACCUCAGCAGCGGCGGCAUCGACUGGGACAACUGGAUGCAGGUUACCGACGUCAAGGUCGACGAGCUGGCUCUCGACUGGGACCAGAUCAUCCCUGCCGAUCAGCUUGCUGCCAUCAAGGCAGAAGAGGAGAAGAAAAAGCACGAAGAGUACCUUGCCAAGGCCAUGGAGGAGAAUGCUCCUCGCAAGGCCACGCUGAAGGGCUCCAAAAAGAACGUUGAAACUGACCGGGCGGAGCGUCUGGCCAAGAAGAGACAACGUGAAAAGCAGGAACAGGAGGAGCUCGAGGAGCAACGGGCUUUGCUCUCAGACCCCCGCCGCCCGCUCAACGAAAAGGAAACGCGCAAUCUCAUCCGCGCGUUCUUCCGUUACGGCUUCUUCGAAGAUCGGGAAGAAGAGAUUGUCCAUGAUGCGCGCCUGAGCGACCGAGACCGAGACUUCCUGAAGUCGAUCAUUGAGGAUCUGAUUGCCGCGAGCCGGCAAGCGGUGGACAGCAACAAUGAAAAAUUGCGCGAGGAAGAGGAGCGGGUAGGGAAACCACUGGCCAAAAAGGACAAAAAGGCCGUCCUUGUCGACUUCGGCGAAGUCCGCAAGGUCAACGCCGAGACCGUGGUCGAGCGACCCCCGCAACUGAAGCUUCUGCGCCGCGUGCUUCGGGAACACGGCGAUCCCAUGACAUUCAGACUGCCGGAUGCCACCAAAGCGGCCCAGUAUUCUUGCGAGUGGGGUGCCCGCGAGGAUGGCAUGUUGCUGAUUGGCAUCGACAAGUACGGCUUUGGUGCCUGGACCCAGAUUCGGGAUGAUCCAGAACUUCAAAUGCAUGACAAGUUCUUUCUCGAAGAACAUCGCGUCGACAAAAAGGAAGAGCGCCGGAGAGCGGACGACAAAGGAAUUCAGUCUCCCGGCGCCGUCCACCUUGUCCGGCGGGCCGAGUAUCUCCUGUCGGUCUUAAUGGCCAAAUACUCUGACGACGUGAACGCGAAGAAGGCCGUGGAGAACCACCACCGCAGCAAGAAGCUCUUGACGAACGGCAUCCGCCGCGCAGAUGGCAGUUCUGUCUCGGCGUCUCCGGCGCCGCCUAUGUCCAAGAAGCCUAGCCAGCACCGUGAUCGUGAUCGUGAGCGUGAUCACCACCGAUCUUACAGCAACGCAAACGACCGUGGUACACCUCGGCCUGACAAGCGCAAGUACGACGACCACGAUGACCGUUUCUCGAAGCACCGAAGGGUCGAGGCAGAUGGCAAGCAUGAAAAGAAGGAUAAAGAGAAGAAGUUAGACCCGGAAACGAUGGAAAAAUACAAGCGGGAGAGGCAAAAGGCAGUCGAGCGGUUCCAUGAACUGGCGAAGCUGCGGGACGACGAAAUCGACAGCUCAGACAAUGUGCACCUCGUCUGGUCCGUGCUCCGGCCUCUCAAGCCGAACAUGGAGCGCAUCAUGUACUCCAAGGAGCGUGUUCCCGCAAAGAAGGAACGGGCUAAGGUCCUGGGUGAGGAGAUUCGCACAUUCGGGAAGUUCUUGAGGGGCCUCCGGGAACAGAACGCGAUUGACCUGGACAGCUUGGAACCCGAAUUCUGGGAGUUCCUGUCGUCUAUCUGGCCCCUCGGCAAUGUGAAGGUGUCUGGCAAGCGGUUGCAGAAGAUGUUUGGCGACCUCCUGGAGAAGGACAAGGCGGACCAAGCGGAAGAGAAGGCCAACGAGCUGAGACGGGCGAGAAACCCGGACUUGGAGGACGGUGAGAUCCCGAGCGACCGCGAGGAGCGUCGGCCACGCGACCCGUACCGCGAUGACCGCCGGGAGGAGCGACGUGAGGAGAGGCGGGAGGAGAGACGCGAAGACAGGCGCGACGAGAGGAGGGACGAUCGCAGAGAGGAACCGACUCGCCGCAAUUACUAUGAGGACGGCGACCGACUGAGCUUCUACCGCCAUCGCAGGCCAGAUAACAGGGGCGUUCCCCUUAGACACUCGUCGUGGCAGAGCCGCAGCCCCCCUCACCGGCACAGCCCUUACUAAGGGUCGACGCAAAGCACUGUCUCGAUGGCUUUUUUCUGACAGCACGGC